AAGAGAUUUCCACACCUUGAAACCAAUAUAAAGGGUAGGAGCUGCUCCAGGCAGCCUCACUUGCUCCAGCAUCUUCUUCCCUUCCGACAAAAUGAAAACCCUUGUGUUAUUUCUGGUGGUGCUGGCCAUCUUUGGAACACAGUCUCAUGGAUUCGAGGUUUUUAACAUCAUCAGCCCAAACAACAAUGGUGGCAAUAUUCAGGAGACAGUGACAAUUGACAAUGAAAAAAACACUGCCAUCGUUAACAUCCAUGCCGGGUCGUGCUCCUCUACCACCGUUUUUGACUAUAAGCAUGGUUACAUCGCAUCCAGGAUCCUCUCCCGAAGAGCCUGCUACGUCAUGAAGAUGAACCAUGAUGCCAUCCCUGCUCUGGACCAACUCAAACGGUUCAUCUAUGAGAGGAAGGCUCUGAAGACCAUGUCCUCCACCGAAUAUACCUGGGUCAAGUACAACCCGCUGCAGUCUUGGUUCACAGACAUGAAAUGGUUCUUUUUCGGGUCACCCAUCGAGCAGCUCUGCAAACACCUCCCCUUGUACAAGGCAGAAGUGGUUGAAAAACCACAUGAUGCCGGUGCUCAUGGCUGUGUAAAGGCUGGCCUCCUGGGCAUCCUUGGGAUUUCCAUCUGUGGAGGCAUCGAUGUUUAAGCCUCGGCCCACUGGUUGCAUCUUUUCAAUGAAAUAUGCCCUUUGGUUUCACCUCAGAAGACAAAUUAAAUUCUUUCCAAAAACCCCAACUAAUUUUGAG